AUGGCCAGAUUCAUGAGAUACCUCCCAUUCGCCGAUUCGACCACGCCGUUGCAGGCCGUCACCUAUCUGCUCGGCAUCUCGCUCUUCUCUAUCGCGUUCCUCGUCUUCCUUAACAGCAGCAUAUCCUUCGUCAUCACAGAUCUAAUCGGCGUCAAAGAUGGCGUCGGCGAUAUCGUCGGCACCCUGGGCUUCGUGGAUGAGCUCGUGGCUCUCGUGGCCUGUCCCGUCUGGGGCCUGGUCUCGGACCGCAUGGGCGUGCGCUUCGUCGCCAUGAUCGGGUACGGCGUCAUUGGCAUAGCUCUGUUCCUGUUUGUGCAGGCAAAGAAUGUCUAUCCGCAGCUUCUCCUGGCGAGAAUCUUCUUCGCCAUCGGAGCUACAGCCGCGGCUACCAUGGUCACUGCGAUCCUCCCUUCCCUCACUGACGAUUCCACUCCUUCCGACGAUACCGAAGACGAGUCGCGGACAGCCCAAGCUGCAAACCCUGCUCGCUACAGUCUCGCUUCGGUCGAGUCGGAACUCACCAUCACCCCAGAGCGCUUCGUCCGACUACAAUCUAACAACAGCCUUCCCGGCUACGGAGCUGCGGACAAGAAGGCAGGGAAGCCGAACGCCCUGGCGGGUUACGUAGGGCUCUUCACGGGGUGCGGUGCCCUUGUGUCUCUCGUGUGCUUUCUGCCGCUGCCGGCCCAGUUCAACAAGAUCGAGGGCGUUGACUUGGGCGAGGCGGUUAUGUACGCCUACUAUACCGUGGGCGCUAUUGCCAUCGUCGUUGCCGCGUUCGUCUAUAUCGGGCUCCGGAAGAUCAAAGGAGAGGACGGGAAGAGUCUCCGGGGCUUCUUGGGCCUUAAGAAAUAUGAAACAUUGAGCAAUGGCGCGAAUGAGGAUGGAACCGGCCCCAAACCGAAGCCGAAGUUCCUCCCAUACAAGCAACUCCUGAAAGACGCCGUUCGACUCGGCUUCUCUGAUUCUCAGAUUGCUCUUGGCUACCUGGGCGGCUUCGUCGCUCGGGCGUCUACAGUAGCGAUCUCAGCCUUCAUCCCCCUAUUCAUAAAUCAAUUCUAUCAUCAUAAGGCCGUCGAGAACGGGAAGUCUCCCGGCAGACAGGCAUAUGUCCUCGCCUCGAUCCUCACGGGGGUGGCUCAACUACUGGCUCUGUUUUGCGCUCCUAUCUUUGGAUACAUGUCGGCGAGAAGGGGUCGCUACAACAUCCCUAUUAUCGUUGCCACCUCACUGGGAAUCAUUGGCUACAUAGCAUUCCCCAAUCUCCCAACUCCAGAGUACAAAGACAUCCAGGGCCGCGGCGGGUCACCCUCAGUAUUCCUGAUUGUGGCCCUCAUCGGCAUCAGCCAAAUCGGUGCCAUCGUCUGCAGCCUAGGAUCUCUCGGUCGCGGCGUGUUGACCGCAGAUCUGCCCAAGGGGCCCCAGAUUCGCAUCCAGACAGACGAGGGCGAGGUAGUGGCAGAUGCCGAAGAUGCUCCUUUACUAGAGAACGGCACGCCGCUGCCGGCCACCGCAACGCGAGCCCAGCUGAAGGGGACCAUCGCCGGCGUGUAUUCGUGGUGCGGCGCUGCCGCCAUCCUGCUGCUCACCAAGCUGGGCGGCUACCUGUUCGACAAGUGGACGCAAGGGGCGCCGUUCUACCUGAUGGCCAUCUUCAACGGCAUCUUGCUGGCUGCCAGUCUUUUCAUAGAUAUCACAAAUGUAGUCCGCACGGCUACGAAAAGUCACGAUAGGUGA